UAUUUUUUGGAAAAUGUUGAAAGGUUGUCACAAACAUUCAGUAGAUCUAGCAGUAUGCAAGUUGAAAAUUCCUCUGUUAGUUCUAGUGUUGAACGUUCUACAGAUGAAGAACCCCCUCCAAGUUAUUUGGAAGCUAUUUCACAAACUCAAAAUAAUAUAAGAGCAGAAAAUAUUACUUCUCGUUUAGAAACUGAAAACCAAAAUAUUGAAGUUCAUCAAAUGAAUAUUGAACUUUUAUCUCGUCAAGUUGAAGUAGAAGUGAAGCAAGAAGUGUUUAAUAAUCAUUUAGACUUAGUUAAAAGACAAUUUCUAGAGUUUAUAGAUUCAGUACGAAUGAAAUAG